AUGGCUUCAACAAGAAAAACCAGCCGUCCUGCAUGCGAUAUCUUUGGUGAUUUUAGUAAUGUUUCCUUAGAAGAUUCAAAGAUGGAAGAAAUCAGAAACUUGAAACUCAGUAGAGGUCUUACCAAAAUAGCACCUGGUCAUAGCAGAUUUCUAAAAAGAGACCAACCUAUGGGUGAAAAACACUUAUUCCCAAAAGAGAAUGCUGUCCUAGGGAGGGGGCCCUGGCUGUCCUCAGGGAGACCCCCGACCACUGCCUCGAAGCUCAGGGCCCACGCAGCGCUCACAAAGCUGGCCCAGAUCGAAACCAGGAUCAUGAAUCGGAAGGUGCAGAGGGAUCUGUCUGACAUAGACUCUGCCCCGAAGACCUCCGAGGACUGUCUUCCAAGGAGAGCAGACGAAGCUUCCCCCGGGGGUGUAGCUGAACUUUCUUCACAGAACACAGACAAAACCCCUCAGAAACAGGCCCGAGAAAUUCCUGUCACCAAGAGUGGUGUGCCGAGUGGGAAAGUCAGUAGGUUUCUAAAGAAAAAAGGACCACCCCUUGAAAACAUAUCCCCUGAAGCAUGUUUUGGGAAAGACAGGAAUCUUCAAACAUCCAAAGAGAAAGAACCUAUUAGAAAAUUGGAUUCUCUAGAUAGUGAUGAAGAGGAGGUGGGAAGCUUGAUGGAAUCUUCUAGAGAAAAAGAAACAUACACAAAUCAGGGUUUUACGAGCACCAAAGUCAGUGAUACAGAACCAAUAAAACUGUUCUCGAUCCCAACUCGACUGAGAGUCCUUUCUCUGCCCAGUGAGGAACUUUCCAGCCCAAACUCGCUUCAGACGUUGCCUUUGCCAACCUCACAGUCAGCAGACGGGACCCUUUGCAGUGUGCGCUCAAGAACUCACUCCCCACAGACUCAUGUUUCAGGUGACGCGGACUCCCGCGUGGCGUCGCUUUCCAUCACCAGCACCUGUUCUAAGAAUGUACCCUCAGCGAUGGGGCACAGCGGGCGCUUGUCCUUGCCCAGAAGGAGUGAGGCUGGGCCUCUGGAUGAGCUGCCCUCAGAAGCCACCGAUGACAGCCUAGACGAUUUUAGAAUAAAUAUUUUAUCCCUUGAUGACCUGGCUCCAGCUGCCAGUGAGAAAUCAGACUUGGAACAGAAAAAAGAAGGUCAGAGGGAAAAGGCAUCCAGCAAAAGCCCCCAGGCAAGGGAUGCACCCGCGGCAAGUGAGGUCUCCGAACAUCUAAGCCUGCCAUCGGCUUUCUCUGCCCGGCCCGAGGGUGUGUCCAGCCUGCAGCCCACGUUUCAGGAACCUACAGCCGGCCCAGUGAGCUCCACUUAUUCGGAAGAUUUUGAAAAAUCCCCAAGUCCAACAGCAUCUGAGCCGCUGGCCCAUUCUGAGGAGUCCCCCGGCAGAAUGCUGGAAGCCUUGUCAGAAUUCUCUGGAAGCCUGAAAACAGACCUUCUCCCUGCAACGCCCAAGUCUCGGAAGAAGCGGCUCAGGGACAUCACAGGAGUCAUGGUGAAGGAGGCUGCCGUGCAGACCCUCGACCCCGCCUUCACCGACCAGUGGACGGAGGCGGCUGGCGUGGCGGCCAUCAGGCCAGCCCUGGGAGGCAGCUACGUGGACCCUGCACCCAUCGCCAGUCACAUCGUCAGCGCGGACGCGAUAGAAGUCCUGACAGCUUACAGCCCGGCCGUGUUUGCGCUCCACGACCUGCUCAAGCAGCAGCUGAGCCUGACGCAGCAGUUUGUGGAGGCCAGCCAGCACCUGCACGCGUCCCUCCUGCAGUCCCUGGACCGAGACUCAUUCCACUACCACACCCUGGAGGAGACCAAAGAGUACAUCAAGCACCACAGGCCCGCCCCGCUGACCAUGGAGGACGCUCUGGAGGAGGUGGAGGAGGAGCUGUGAGUGCCAGCAGGUGAGGCUACCUUCGCGGGUCUG